UAAGGGCCGCUUUCAGUUGCCAAGAGAGGCCUAGUUAGGCCUAGUUUAAGACGCAAUGGCGGAGAGCCGGUUGGAGAAGUUGGGAACAAUCUUUACCCGGGUGCAGAACUUGCUCCGCUCUGGGGCAAUGCGUGAAUCCCAGAAACCCAUCUGGUAUGAUGUUUACGCUGCUUUCCCUCCCUUACGGGAGCCCACUUAUCGCAAUAUUCGCCCGUUGGUGGGAAAGAUAAAAGAUACAGUGCCCCCCAUUCUGUACCCGGAGGAUCAGAUCCGAGCGAAAUUUUAUGAAGUCUAUGGAACUGGUUCAGGUAUAUUUGAACUAGCAAGAUCAAAUUAUAAAUCUCCCUGUCAAAGGUUUGUUGAGAAAUACAAUGAAUUGAAGAACAAGGAGGGAGAAAUGGACGAAGACCUACUAUUUGCAGAAACAGGGAAAGCGCUUUUGGCAGAGGGCCUGGUUUUAUCAAGAAAGGGCAAAAAAGUUGCUCCAAGGCCCCCAUCAGCCGUGCCUGUAUUAGAGCUUCAAGGCCUAUUUCAGGACAAGGAGGACGGCACAGAAAGUCCGGAUCCAAAAACAGAGCCCACCGAAAAGCCAACGGAAGAACCCUUCCCCUCCUAAAAACUAUGUGAUUCUGUUUAAACCAGUUUUUAUUGACUGCAUGACCCUUUGAUAGACUCUUCCUAAAGUUCUGGUUUUCUCCUUGUUAGGAAUGCUUGGAGGUACUGUAGAAAGAUCACAAGAACUCUCUUAUGGCCUGCUUUGGCAAGUCAUGUUCCCCAAAGUGCACAUUUCAACACAGUGGAUUUGAUUAUUAAAAUCAUUCUCUGGAAACA